UUGAGUUUCAACGAGAGAUUGGCUGCGGCGAGGACGAACGAAACAGACCGCCAAGAACAGCGGGACAGAGUUCAGAGAGUCAGAACCGGCGCUUUCGAUAUUGGGCAGAAAGAGAUCGAUGAGUAUAAAUCGAAAGCUGUCGACCUCCCAGAGCAACCCGACAUUGCUCCACAGUUCACGAGGGAAGACAUCCUUGGGCCUAGAGCUCAGGGCAACGAGGAGCAGAUGAGGUCCAACGGGCAACUUGCGCUCCCGGCACCACCACCAAAAGACGAUAAUGAUCCGCAGGGCCUCUACGAACCGCCCCCUGAGUGGAUGUUACCCGCACAGAAACCGACGAGACCGAAAAAGGUUGCACCCGCAGAUGUUCCCGAGUCUGAGGCAUCGGCAUUUGAACCAUACUCAAGUUUCCAUCUCUCGCAGCGUAUACUCCCUCAUCAGGUCCUCACAAGGCACUUGUCUGGCAAGAAGAUCUUCAAGCUGCCAGACUUGCUGAAGAAAGUCAAGGCCCCGGAAUACCAACUCCCGGAUAUUGAGCAGGAUAUCGUCGUCUUUGCCAUUGUGGCUAAGAAAUCCGAACCGCGUAUGCAUAAGCCCAGGCCAGAUCAAAACGGAAAACAAUCAGACAGGGGAAAAUACAUGGUGCUCACUCUGUGUGAUUUGAAGUGGGACUUGGAACUAUUCCUCUUCAACUCUGGGUUCACUCGAUUCUGGAAGGUGACGGAAGGCACGGUACUGGCUAUCCUGAACCCAAGCAUCAUGCCUCCCCCUGUUGGCCGCGAAGCUACUGGCCGCUUCAGUCUGGUCAUCAACUCUGACGCCGAUACUAUCAUGGAAGUGGGGCGAUCGCGGGAUCUAGGCUUUUGCAAAUCCAUCAAGAAAGACGGCGAGUACUGCAAUGCGUGGGUCAACAAGAAACGGACAGAGUUCUGCGAAUUCCACACGAACGAAGCGGUUUCCAAACAGCGCGCCCAGCGUAUGGAGGUCAACACAAUGGAUUUCGGCAUGAGCGGGGAAAAGAGGUAUCGAAUGAACUCCCAUUACGUUCGAAACCCCAAUGAUCCACCGCCCAAGGAAAAGACUCGCCAAUACGACCGGGAGACCCAUAGCCAUUGGUUCGCCACGAAGUCGAUGAGCUCCGCGCAGCUCAUCGAUGGAGCUCAAGCUCUCGUGGACCGGAGGGAGAAGGAAGAGGGUUUAAAGAAACGGAUGCUCCAGCAGGAGAAGGAACGAGGGAUCAUGCAGCGCCUUGGCAAGAUCGGCAGUGGUGCUGGGAGAGACUACAUGAAGCGAGCGGAGCGUAACCACACCUCCAACGUAUCCGCCUCGUUUCCUGCCCCCAAUCCCUCGUCAUCCAGCGCCGCAGAAGAGCCGCAAAAGCUCGACGCCAAGGCUUUGGGGUUGAUGGGACCAAGGAGUAAGGACCUGGCCAUCCACCUGAGCCCGAUUAAGCGUAAGAGGCCGCAAAGCGCGCAGUCAAGCUCUUCAGUCGGGGUUUCCGCACCAGCCCCAAGCGGCGCAACGAAAUCCGGGUUCGGUUGGGGCGGGAAUCUGAAGGACAAGCUGGCCAAGAUGAAGGAGGGGGAGAAGCUGAGCAACGACAAGCCGCCCGUCAGGAAGAAGACGCGGUUCGUGACGGAGAAGGGUAUCCGCGAGGCCGGGAGGGAGAGUCUGGGCAUGGACAUGUCGCAGACGGUCUCCUUUGAAGAUGAUGAUGACGACUUGGUUAUUCUUCGGUGA